CUAGACUCAGACUGGAUGAUUCAGUGGAUCUAUCAUCUGGGUUUUGCUUGUUGACCACUCUUCAUCGGCCGAACUGAAAACCGGCCUCCUUCGUCCUCUCUUCAGUUUCCCAAUAGCAACCAACCAAUCAAGCUUCGGGAUCCGGUUUGGGUGAUUUCAGUGCUCCCAUCCUCUCUCUUCACAUCCUUCCCUGCCGAUCGCGAUCACCAGUCCCCAGGCUGAGCAUCUGCUGGGCAUUCGGCUGGGACGAAGCCGCUGGUGGGCUGGCCGCCUAUCUCUCACUUGCUCACUGGUUCAUAAGUCCAGCAUUCCACCUCGGCGUUCUCGGAAGAGAAGCCAUCCAACCAACUUCCUCAUCCCUUCUUCCCAGCUAUCAGCACAGUCAAUAAGAAAACAUAGUAGGAGUUGCUUAUAAGCCGACUCUUAGUCACCCACCUCGUCUAACGCUAAAGAUUCAAAUUGCCAAUAAUCCCUUCACUCCUCGGAACGUAGCAUUGACUAUCACCUGAGACCCAAAACCCCUCUUAUAAUAUAACCGACCCACUUCCCAUUUCCCGAAACUCUUUUAGUCCUACAUUUUAACUUUAAUUCAAAGUACUUCUUUCCGGUUGAAGAUCUCCUUCUGAUUGUUACCCAACCCAACCAAACCCGCAGUUAUCAAAAAAAGGCGAGGGAGAAAUAACAUACUUCAGAGCAUCCUUCCCCCCUCCCCAUUGCAUCUUCUCUAAUACGAGAAAGCGCACAAAGUAACGAUCAUGUCUACUGACGGUAUGAAAGCCCAAAAACCUAUCAAGUCGAUCCUGAACCGCCAUUCCUCGCCGACUCAUUUGAAGUCUUACGUGACCAAGUCCGUCAGUACCACUCAGGUUGAUGGUCACGGGGUAAGGAAACCGAAGGAAUCAUUCACUUCGACCUUCAAUCCUAUCAUCCACCUGUUCGCCCCGCCACACACCUCCACGAUUCCUACCUUGCCCAAGGGAGAGCCCCAGCCAAUCUCCGUGGCCAGAGCCUUGGGCAUGAUAGUCAUCUGCGUCACCGCCUUCGUCGUUAGCAAUGCUACCUCUUUGUCAUUGAACCUUUUGAUCCCGAGCAUCCAGCGAGAACUAGACAUUGAAGCCAGUGAUUUGCAAUGGAUCUCGAGUGGCUUUCCACUUGGUUUUGGUAGCUGCUUGUUGUUGUUUGGAAGACUGGCUGAUCUGUACGGCCAUAAGCGAUUCAUUCAGCUGGGCACUACCUUCUACGCCCUGGCUUCAUUGGGCUGCGCGCUUUCGCGAACCCAUGUUCAGCUGUCAAUCUUACGAGUCUUCCAAGGACUUGGGGCUGCAGCUACUGCGCCCUCGCUCAUCGGCGUCCUGGGAAACCACCUCGAGCCGGAAUCCACGCUGAAGCGCGUCGGCUUCGCUUGUCUCAGCGCAGGUGCCCCAUUGGGAGGUACAUUCGGCUUGUUAGUGGGUGGAUUUAUCACCCAAGGAACCGGCCCUGGUUGGAGAUCUUUCUUCUAUCUCUGCGCUGCCUCUGCUAUUGCAGUCUGCGUAUCAGCAACGCUGAUCAUCCCAAAGGACAAACCGAGAGUCAACAAAGAAGGAAGCAUUGAUUGGUUAGGAGGGAUCCUGAUCAUCACGGGCUUGACGUUACUGACCUUCGCGCUGGGAAUCAGCUCUCGGGAAGGGUGGACCAGAGUGGUUGUGCUACUGCCUUUUAUCUCCGCUGUGCUUAUCCUGGCAAGCUUUGUUUACUGGCAAAAGGUCCUCGAGGACCGCAUGAUUGAGUCUCUCCAAGCUGGCGAGGGCUGGAAAAAACCUACCGAACCCAUCUUGAAACUCGACUUGUUCAGGAGAGAUCAUCAUCAGUUUUCGAUCGUCUUGAUGGUAGUCUGUUUGCUUUGGUUUGGCUUCGUCAUCCAAAACUUCUUCUUUCAUCAAUAUCUGCAAGAUUUUUUGGGAUUAGACUUAACUCAAUCCGUCAUUCGAUUUAUCCCGAUGCUUGUAUUAGGACUGCUGUUGAACAUCACCUUCGGCUUUCUAUCCCACAUCAUCCCGGCCCAACUCUUGAUGGUCUUGGGAUGCAUCGGCACUGCAACCAGCUGCCUCUUAUCCGCACUCAUGGACACCUCGGCCAGUUAUUGGACCUACAACUUUGCCUCAGUUGCUCUCUCUGUUGUUGGACCUGAUUUUGUGUUUGCCACAGGAACGAUGUACGGCAGUCAGAUCUCGAGUCAAUCCGAACAAGCCGUUACGGGUGGAGUAUUCCACACCUUUGCCCAAAUGGGCAAUGCAAUCGGAUUAAGUCUAGCCACCUUGCUCCAAGUUCAAGUCACUAGAGGAAGAGCGCGAGAAGAAGGAGUGAUUGUCAGAGAUGAUUUGACUGUGGCAAGCCCUGCGGCCUUUUUGGAAGGAUUGAGGGCGGGCUUUUGGCUUUGCUUCGCCGCUUUAUGUCUGGCAACUUUGCUCUCGCUAGUCUUCUUGCGCAAAUUGAAGCUACUUGGAAAGAAGAAAUCGGUCGACUCAUCAAGCUCAUCGAUAGAAGAAAAGGGCGAACAAAAAAUCGAAAGUGAGGGCAGUGAGACCACCUCCAUCUAGUCCCCGUGACUCCCUCUCAUCUCAAAUCAAUCCUCUUAUAUGUCCCACCUCUUUAUGUUAAUUCUAUGUAUAGUGAGAAAAAAAGACAAUUAAAGAUAAUUAAGGUCAUCUAAUGCUUAGCAGACAAUCAAUCGAUACUCUAAAUAGA